AUGGAUGAGUUGCCCGCUCAAAUCUCGUUGCAAAUGAAUAGAUUCCUCAUGAUCCAGAAUGCCGUGGAAGACGCAGAGGAUCACCCCUCUGCCACCAUCUCUCGCAACUUGGUGUCGACCAGACUGGACGUUCUGGAAUCCAACUGGAACAAGUUCCAAGAGGAGCACGAGAGGCUCUGUCGAGUACACGCGGGACGCCUUACUGACGAGUCGUAUAUAAGGUCCCGGACAUACGAGAGAUGUCAGGAAUUUUAUGUACAAGCAAGGUCCAUAUUGCUUGACCAACAAGACUCAGUGGAAGCAUCAAAUUCCUCUGCGCGCUCGUGUGGCCCUCCAUCGUCUGAAGGGCGAUCUGGCACACGGCUAAGGAGCUUACCAAGAAUUAGCUUGCCGACAUUUUCCGGAGAGUUUCAUGCAUGGAAGGACUUUAGUGACCUGUUUACGUCGAUGGUGGGAGAAAAUCCCGAGCUAACAAACGUUGAGAAGAUGCAGUAUCUAAAAACGUGUCUCGCUGGGGACGCGGCUCGACGCGUCGCUAACCUUAAAGUCACUAACGCCACUUUCAACCUUGCAUGGAAAACUUUGGAAUCGCGGUAUGACAACAAACGGAUACUGAUCGCUGCCCAAGUGGAUAGCCUCCUCGAUUUGAAGCCCAUCAAGUCGAAAUCCGCGCAGGACUUGAAUGACAUGAUGAUUACUGUCACCCACGCAUUAGGCGCUCUCGAGGCGUUGGACUGCCCCGUGAAGGAGUGGGAUGCAUUCUUGGUACGGAUGUUGGCUCGAUUGCUAGACGAAGACACACGCGAAGACUGGAACAUCCACUUGGGAUCGUCUACUGCUUCUCCUACUUUAAAAGCAUUUGAGGAGUUUGUGAAUAGCCGCACGCAAGCGUGGGAGAAGCGUUCUUCUGAACAGGGCAAGCCCACUAAAGAUAAGAAACGAACAUCUUGGUUGUCGGGUAAGGCAGAUGUAAGAUCUCGGAGUUUAGUCGCGACGGCUUCAACAGCUAAAGGUGGGAUAGAAUGUCGGUUAUGCAAAGCCGCUCACUACUUGUCCAAUUGCUCUACUUAUUUGUCGUACGCGCUUGAACGUCGUAAACGCACCGUUAUUAGAUUCCAUCUUUGCUUCAAUUGCUUAGGGAGUCAUGGAGUUGGUCGUUGUCCAAGUUCGCAUCGCUGUAGAAAAUGUGGGAGCAAGCAUCAUACUACCUUACAUGACGACCGAAGGACACAAUCGAAAACCGCUACCAAAGCCGAUCCAGAUGUUUCGACCGUUAGUGAGUCGCCCCCGCUUGUGCCUACCUCAGAGCAGAAGUGA